CAUGGUGUAGCUAAUGGAGCUUCUCAUCCCCCUCCUCUGGAAAGGAGCCCAUAUUCCAACGUAUUCCAUGUGGUCGAAGGCUUUGCACUUGUCAUUCUCUGUAGCAGUCGACCUGCCACUAGGAAACUAGCCGUCAGUGUCCUUAGAGAAAUACGGGCUUUAUUUGCACUUUUGGAAAUACCUAAGGGUGAUGAUGAAUUAGCCAUAGAUGUGAUGGACAGGCUAAGCCCAUCCAUUCUUGAGAGCUUCAUACAUCUCACUGGGGCUGAUCAGACUACUUUGCUCUAUUGCCCUAGCUCGAUAGAUUUACAAACAUUAGCAGAAUGGAACUCUUCUCCCAUUAGCCACCAGUUUGAUGUGAUUAGUCCAUCACACAUAUGGAUAUUUGCACAUGUGACCCAAGGCCAAGACCCAUGGAUUAUAAGUCUCUCCAGUUUUUUAAAGCAAGAAAAUCUUCCUAAACACUGCUCUACAGCUGUGAGCUAUGCUUGGAUGUUUGCAUACACAAGACUUCAGUUGUUGUCCCCUCAGGUCGAUAUAAAUAGCCCCAUCAAUGCUAAGAAAGUAAAUACCACCACAAGCAGUGACUCAUACAUUGGCCUGUGGAGAAACUAUCUGAUCCUUUGCUGCAGUGCAGCAACAUCGUCAUCUUCCACAUCUACAGGUUCUGUGAGAUGCUCUCCUCCUGAGACGCUGGCGUCUACCCCAGAUAGCGGCUAUAGCAUUGAUUCCAAAAUUAUUGGCAUCCCAUCCCCUUCAUCCUUGUUUAAGCACAUAGUUCCAAUGAUGCGCUCUGAGAGCAUGGAAAUCACAGAAUCCCUUGUUCUAGGUCUUGGCAGGACCAACCCAGGAGCUUUUAGGGAACUAAUAGAGGAAUUACAUCCCAUAAUUAAAGAAGCACUCGAAAGAAGGCCGGAGAAUAUGAAACGGCGCAGGCGUCGAGACAUUUUACGAGUACAACUGGUACGAAUAUUUGAACUGCUGGCAGAUGCUGGUGUCAUUAGUCACAGUGCAAGUGGUGGCCUUGAUAAUGAAACACAUUUUCUCAACAACACUUUAUUGGAGUAUGUAGAUUUAACUAGACAACUCCUGGAAGCAGAAAAUGAAAAAGACUCUGACACACUGAAGGAUAUACGAUGCCAUUUUAGUGCCUUAGUGGCGAAUAUUAUUCAGAAUGUUCCAGUGCACCAGAGAAGAAGUAUUUUUCCUCAGCAGAGCCUUCGUCACAGUCUAUUUAUGCUGUUCAGUCACUGGGCAGGUCCUUUUAGCAUCAUGUUUACGCCCUUGGACAGAUACAGUGAUAGAAAUAUGCAAAUUAAUAGACAUCAAUACUGUGCGUUAAAGGCUAUGUCUGCUGUACUAUGUUGUGGCCCUGUUGCAGAUAAUGUAGGACUUUCAUCAGAUGGCUAUUUAUACAAAUGGUUGGAUAACAUUUUGGAUUCUCUGGACAAAAAGGUUCACCAGCUGGGCUGUGAAGCAGUUACGUUGUUGCUGGAGCUGAACCCUGAUCAGAGCAACCUGAUGUACUGGGCUGUGGACCGCUGCUACACGGGCUCCAGGAGGGUGGCGGCCGGCUGCUUUAAAGCCAUUGCUAAUGUUUUCCAGAACAGGGAUUAUCAGUUUGACACAGUGAUGCUUCUAAAUCUGAUACUGUUUAAAGCAGCUGAUUCUUCUAGAAGUAUCUACGAAGUUGCUAUGCAACUUUUACAGAUUCUGGAACCGAAGAUGUUUCGCUAUGCUCACAAAUUGGAGGUUCAGAGAACAGAUGGAGUACUCAGCCAGCUGUCUCCUCUACCACAUCUCUAUUCUGUUUCAUAUUAUCAGUUGUCCGAGGAACUAGCAAGGGCGUAUCCUGAGCUAACUCUCGCUAUAUUCUCAGAGAUAAGCCAGAGAAUCCAGACAGCUCACCCUGCUGGACGGCAGGUGAUGCUGCACUACCUGCUACCAUGGAUGAACAACAUCGAGCUGGUGGACUUAAAACCUCUCCCCACAGCAAGGCGACAUGAUGAAGAUGAAGAUGAUUCCUUGAAAGACCGAGAACUUAUGGUGACUAGUAGGCGCUGGUUACGGGGAGAAGGAUGGGGAUCUCCACAAGCCACUGCAAUGGUUUUGAACAAUCUGAUGUAUAUGACAGCAAAGUAUGGCGAUGAACUGGCCUGGUCGGAGGUGGAGAACGUGUGGACCACACUUGCAGAUGGCUGGCCCAAAAACCUGAAAAUAAUUUUGCACUUUUUGAUCAGCAUUUGUGGGGUGAAUAGUGAACCAAGCCUCUUGCCUUACGUAAAGAAGGUCAUUGUAUAUUUAGGUAGAGAUAAAACAAUGCAGUUGCUAGAAGAGCUGGUGAGUGAGCUUCAGCUGACCGAUCCUGUCAGUUCAGGGGUCACUCACAUGGAUAAUCCCCCGUAUUAUCGCAUCACUUCCAGCUAUAAAAUCCCUUCUGUCACCUCAGGAACUACUUCCAGUAGCAAUACAAUGGUAGCUCCCACAGAUGGCAAUCCUGAUAAUAAGCCCAUUAAAGAGAAUAUUGAAGAGAGCUAUGUGCACCUGGACAUUUACAGUGGACUGAACAGUCAUUUGAAUCGGCAACAUCACAGACUAGAAUCCCGAUACAGUAGCAGCUCUGGAGGAUCUUAUGAAGAAGAAAAAAGUGAUUCAAUGCCACUUUAUUCUAAUUGGCGACUGAAAGUGAUGGAGCAUAACCAAGGAGAGCCACUGCCCUUCCCACCAGCUGGAGGCUGCUGGUCACCACUGGUGGAUUACGUGCCUGAAACGUCAUCACCUGGAUUACCUCUUCACAGGUGUAACAUAGCAGUGAUCCUUUUGACUGAUCUGAUCAUUGAUCAUAGUGUGAAGGUGGAAUGGGGAAGCUACCUGCAUCUUCUUCUUCAUGCAAUUUUUAUAGGGUUUGACCACUGCCACCCUGAGGUGUAUGAACAUUGUAAACGUCUGCUUCUGCACUUAUUAAUAGUAAUGGGACCCAAAAGUAACAUCCGAACUGUUGCUUCUGUCCUUCUCAGGAACAAGGAGUUUAAUGAGCCCAGGGUGCUUACAGUCAAACAAGUUGCACACUUAGAUUAUAAUUUCACAGCAGGCAUUAACGAUUUUAUACCUGAUUACCAGCCCUCCCCUAUGACUGACUCAGGGCUUAGCUCAAGUUCUACCUCUUCUAGUAUCAGCUUAGGAAAUAACAGUGCUGCCAUUUCACAUCUGCACACCACUAUCCUCAAUGAGGUUGACAUCUCAGUGGAGCAGGAUGGAAAAGUCAAAACCCUCAUGGAAUUCAUUACCUCAAGAAAAAGAGGGCCCCUUUGGAACCAUGAGGAUGUUUCUGCCAAGAAUCCUAGCAUAAAGAGUGCUGAACAGUUAACUACAUUUUUGAAACAUGUGGUUUCUGUUUUUAAGCAGUCGAGCUCAGAAGCAAUUCAUUUGGAACAUCAUCUUAGUGAAGUUGCUCUGCAAACUGCACUUUCCUGUUCUUCUCGACACUAUGCUGGGAGAUCCUUUCAGAUUUUCAGGGCCCUAAAGCAGCCUCUGACUGCAACUACACUUUCUGAUGUUCUCUCCAGACUUGUAGAAACUGUAGGGGAUCCAGGAGAAGAUGCACAGGGAUUUGUGAUUGAGCUUCUUCUCACAUUGGAAUCUGCAAUUGAUACUUUGGCUGAAACCAUGAAGCAUUAUGAUCUUCUUUCUGCCCUUUCUCAAACCUCAUAUCAUGAUCUUAUAAUGGGAAACAAGUAUGCAGCUAACAGGAAAAGCACUGGACAACUCAAUCUAAGCACAAGUCCCAUUAAUAAUAGCAGUUAUUUGGGAUAUAACAGUAAUGCAAGAAGUAACUCUUUGAGAUUAAGUUUGAUUGGUGACCGACGAGGUGACCGGCGGCGGAGUAACACACUGGAUAUAAUGGAUGGACGGAUAAACCAUAACAGUAGUUUAGCAAGGACUAGAAGCCUUUCCUCUCUAAGAGAGAAAGGAAUGUAUGAUGUGCAGUCCACUACUGAGCCUACCAACUUGAUGGCCACCAUUUUUUGGAUAGCAGCAUCUUUAUUAGAAUCAGAUUAUGAAUAUGAAUACCUCCUGGCUCUCAGGCUUCUCAACAAACUGCUUAUCCAUUUGCCUUUGGAUAAAUCAGAGAGUCGAGAGAAGAUUGAAAAUGUACAAAGCAAAUUGAAAUGGACUAAUUUUCCAGGACUUCAGCAGCUCUUCCUUAAGGGUUUUACCUCAGCAUCUACACAAGAAAUGACCGUGCACCUCCUCAGUAAACUCAUUUCUGUCUCCAAACAUACAUUGGUGGAUCCUUCCCAAUUGUCAGGCUUUCCUCUUAACAUCCUUUGCUUAUUGCCUCACUUAAUCCAGCAUUUUGACAGCCCAACUCAGUUUUGCAAAGAAACAGCUAGUCGAAUAGCAAAGGUUUGUGCAGAAGAAAAAUGCCCAACACUUGUCAAUCUGGCACACAUGAUGAGUUUGUACAGUACACACACAUAUUCCAGAGACUGUUCUAACUGGAUCAAUGUCGUGUGCAGAUACCUGCAUGACUCCUUCUCAGAUACAACGUUUAAUCUUGUGACUUAUCUUGCAGAGCUAUUAGAAAAAGGAUUGUCCAGUAUGCAGCAGUCAUUACUACAGAUUAUUUAUAGUCUAUUGAGUCAUAUUGACCUGUCUGCAGCCCCAGCCAAGCAGUUUAAUCUGGAGAUCAUAAAGAUUAUUGGCAAAUACGUACAGAGUCCUUACUGGAAGGAAGCCCUUAACAUAUUAAAGCUGGUGGUGUCACGCUCUGCGAGUCUUGUCGUACCCAGUGAUAUCCCCAAGACCUAUGGAGGAGAUACAGGUUCUCCUGAAAUAUCCUUCACUAAAAUUUUUAAUAAUGUUUCUAAGGAGUUGCCUGGGAAGACCUUGGAUUUUCAUUUUGAUAUAUCUGAGACACCAAUUAUUGGAAACAAAUACGGUGAUCAGCACAGUGCAGCUGGAAGAAAUGGGAAACCAAAAGUUAUUGCUGUCACUAGAAGUACUUCCUCAACUUCUUCUGGUUCUAAUUCUAACGCCUUGGUUCCUGUUAGUUGGAAAAGGCCACAGUUAUCACAGCGAAGAACAAGAGAAAAGCUAAUGAAUGUGCUUUCUCUCUGUGGUCCAGAAUCUGGCCUUCCAAAGAACCCAUCAGUUGUAUUUUCUUCUAAUGAGGAUUUAGAAGUCGGUGACCAACAGACUAGCCUAAUUUCUACAACAGAAGACAUAAUUCAAGAGGAAGAAGUAGCUGUGGAAGAUAAUAGCAGUGAACAACAGUUUGGUGUUUUUAAGGAUUUUGACUUUUUAGAUGUUGAACUGGAAGAUGCAGAGGGUGAAAGUAUGGACAAUUUCAACUGGGGAGUUCGCAGGCGCUCACUAGACAGUAUUGACAAAGGGGACACUCCAUCCCUCCAAGAGUACCAGUGCUCUAGUAGCACCCCCAGCCUGAACCUCACCAAUCAGGAGGAUACGGAUGAGUCCUCAGAAGAAGAAGCGGCACUUACAGCAAGCCAGAUACUCUCACGCACACAGAUGUUAAACAGUGAUUCUGCCACUGAUGAAACAAUGCCAGACCAUCCUGACUUACUUCUCCAGUCUCAAGAUUCCAUUGGCAGCAUCACAACAGAAGAAAUGCUUCAAAUCAGGGAUGAGACCCCAACUUUGGAGGCUUCUCUAGAUAAUGCUAACAGCCAGCUGCCUGAGGAUACAAGUUCAGUAUUAAAGGAAGAACAUGUUACAACCUUUGAAGAUGAAGGGUCCUAUAUAAUUCAAGAACAGCAGGAUUCUCUUGUGUGUCAAGGAAUUCUUGAUUUAGAAGAAACUGAAAUACCGGAGCCUCUAGCUCCUGAAAGCUACCCUGAGUCAAUCUGCGAAGAGGAUGUUACCUUAGCUCUGAAAGAGCUAGAUGAAAGAUGUGAAGAAGAAGAAGCAGAUUUCUCCGGACUGUCUAGUCAAGACGAAGAAGAGCAAGAUGGUUUUCCAGAAGUACAGACAUCGCCUCUGCCAUCACCAUUUCUUUCUGCCAUCAUAGCCGCCUUUCAGCCCGUGGCAUAUGAUGAUGAAGAGGAAGCCUGGCGCUGCCACGUCAAUCAGAUGCUGUCUGACACUGACGGGUCCUCUGCAGUGUUUACUUUUCAUGUGUUUUCUAGGCUUUUUCAGACAAUUCAAAGAAAGUUUGGAGAAAUAACUAAUGAGGCAGUCAGCUUUCUUGGUGAGAGUCUGCAACGCAUUGGUACCAAAUUUAAAAGCUCCUUGGAAGUGAUGAUAAUAUGUUCAGAAUGCCCAACAGUCUUUGUGGAUGCUGAAACACUGAUGUCAUGUGGUUUGCUGGAAACCCUCAAGUUUGGUGUUUUGGAGUUGCAAGAACACCUGGAUACAUACAAUGCCAAAAGAGAAGCCACUGAGCAGUGGCUAGAUGAUUGUAAGAGGACAUUUGGUGCCAAAGAAGACAUGUAUAGGAUAAACACAGAUGCACAACAAAUGGAAAUACUAGCAGAAUUGGAGCUCUGCCGAAGAUUAUACAAAUUGCAUUUUCAAUUGCUGCUUCUGUUCCAGGCCUACUGUAAACUUAUCAACCAAGUAAAUACAAUAAAAAAUGAAGCAGAGGUCAUCAACAUGUCAGAGGAACUUGCCCAACUGGAAAGUAUCCUCAAAGAAGCUGAGUCCGUUUCCGAAAAUGAAGAAAUUGACAUUUCCAAAGCUGCACAAACUACUAUAGAAACUGCCAUUCAUUCUUUAAUUGAAACUUUGAAAAAUAAGGAAUUUAUAUCAGCUGUAGUACAAGUCAAAGCUUUCAGAUCUCUCUGGCCCAGUGAUAUCUUUGGCAGUUGUGAAGAUGACCCUGUGCAGACACUGUUACAUAUAUAUUUCCAUCAUCAGACGCUGGGCCAGACAGGAAGCUUUGCAGUUAUAGGCUCUAACCUGGACAUGUCAGAAGCCAACUACAAACUGAUGGAACUUAAUCUGGAAAUAAGAGAAUCUCUACGCAUGGUGCAAUCAUACCAACUUCUAGCACAGCCCAAACCAAUGGGAAAUAUGGUGAGCACUGGAUUCUGAGACACUUCAGGCCUUUAGGAAAGAAACUAAACUGAAGAUGAUGAAGAAUAUUAAACCAAGCACCUUUUAUGGACCCUUGCAUUCACUGAUAACUUUCUGGCAGCAUCUACUUUUUAGUUUAACUAAUGUCAAACUGUAUCAAAAACAAAGAUCUGAAAGAAAAAAAUCUGGUAUUUUAACAGCUGCCAACAUCUCCCACAAUAACUGUAUGAAGAAGGAAUUUUUUAAUUACUUAACCUACGUGAAAAGAAAAGGGCUAAAAGUGAUGCCUACAAAUACAUUACUUUCUGGGGAAAGAAAAGAAUUCCAAGAAUGUUUGCAAUAAUGGCCUCCAAUACUGAAACAUCCAAAAGCGGGUGAAAUGAGGCUGAAAUCAAGGCUGUUUCAUUUUAGCUGAAGACCUGCAAAGCUGCUUGAAUUUCUAGCAGUCGAAAACCUAACCUGCAAUUGAUGCUUAAUCAUCCAGAUGAACAUGCAGUCAGCUAUACACAUCAAGACUCAUUUACAAAAACCAUUGAUUUUUCAGUAUGUGGGAUAAGGGUUUGGGUUUUUUUGGUUUGUUUUUUGGUCUGUAUAAGGAAUUAUGUGUGUGUGAGUUGGGAUGUGUGGAUAUGUGAUAUUUUCAAGGUAUGGAUGUUUGGUUAUGACGUCUCAGAGCAUGCCUAAAAGAGCACUGCAAGAUUAUUUUUGAAGAAAUGUUAUUUUAUUAGAUCUAACUCUUCAUAGUAUGUAAAUGUUAGAACAUUUUAAUAAUAUUUUAAAACUGGGCUUUCCCAGUAUUUCAAAAAGAAAUAAUAUAUCUGUUAACGUUAUUGGAAUGCUGCUCAGUUCUCUGAUCAGUGCUUAUGUUACGAUUGUUGAUAACUAACCAAAGUAGAUGCCUGCAGAGACUUUAAAAUGUAAAAUAAAGAUGUAUGCUGCCUGUCAGCUAUUCUCAUUAGAAAAGUUAACUUAUUUUACUCCAUAUAGAAACUGUAGAGACUAAAACCAGUAUUUUCUUGUACAUUUGUGCCAUGCACUGUUAUAUAAGAAUAGGUGUACAAAGCUAAAGAAAAAAAUGUGGUCACUGAUGAUGGAAUAUAUGACUUGCAGGCUUUGAAGUCUGCAGAAUUCAAGAAAAGAGCUGCAAAUGCAUUUUUUAUAUGUUUAUUCAGGACUCACAUGUUUUACCCUAAAGAAAGAAACCUAGGGCUAGGGGAAAUGAAAGCAAGCCUGAAGACUGACUACCAAAACAUGCAGUAUACUUAUUCAUUGUGUAAGUCUGUAGUAUAACAUGAACUGGAGUCUCUACCCUUUUUUAAAUCGCAUUUUGUAAGAAAAGAAAAAAAAAAAAAAAAAAGAAUGUAGUCCCACAACUCCUGAUUUGAAAGAAACACCUUGUAUUUUUUAUAUACAUCUCUUAUCCACUGUGAUCCACUGUGACUUUUCUUUUAAACUGGGCUCUGUGAUUCCAGAGUUUAGAAUGUAGAAAUGAAAUGCUUAGCUUUACCUUUUCUUGGGGGUGUGGACCCUGCCAGAAAUGUAAUUACGUAUGCUCAAGUGCAUUAACUGAAGGCACUGUGCACACCAUUGGACUGCUGACCACAGUUACAUAUCCAGUAAAAUUCCGUAUCUGGUCACGGCUCAUUCAUAAUCACUGUACUUUUGGACCCUGAUAAAGACAAUUAUUUUGAUGGUGUUCUGGUACUGUAAGUAAGUGGUAUCCUUUAAAUUAUUUAAAACUUUUGGGUGUGGGGCAGGCAGAGAGGGAUGGUGUCCAGAGAUACAUUACACUUUACAUCCUAUCUUACUCUCCCCUGUUUUUCUCACCCUCCUUACAUCCUUUUUGUUAAAAAUAAAAAGCAUUGUAGCUGUU